UCCUGCUGUACUAGCCCCCUCCCUAGCUAGCCACUGCAGGGCGCGGUCCUAAGGGAGUCUGGCACCAGGGAGUGGGGCGUGGGCGUGGGACGGUCCUAGCGGGACGCCCACUCCCACCUGGUGCGGGCGCCAGCUGACCUACAACUUGUGCCGGAUUUUUUAUUUAUUAAUUUUUUCCCAUUUAAUGAGUCAGAAAGUGUCGGUGUGGUGCACGUAGGACACGCUGCAGACAGAGUGGAGUCUUGUGGUGGCCGCCCGCCCUCGAUCAAAAAAACCUACAAGAUGGCAGAUGAUCAGCAGUUUUGCUUGCGAUGGAAUGAGUUCCAGAGCAAUAUGGUGUCCUCCUUCAAACACCUACGAGAGGAGAAGAGUUUCACAGAUGUGACUCUGGCCUGUGAUGGACAAACCUGCAAGGCACACAAGAUGGUGCUCUCUGCAUGUUCCCCAUAUUUCAAGGCCUUGCUAGAGGAAAAUCCCUCCAAACAUCCAAUAAUCAUCCUGAAAGAUGUGCCCUUCAGCCACUUGCAAGCAAUUUUGGAGUAUAUGUAUGCAGGAGAGGUCAAUGUAGCCCAAGCAGACCUUCCUAAUUUUCUCAAGACUGCAGAGCGACUCAAGGUUAAGGGCUUGGCUGAAGUCAACCAAAAUGAGCGGCAAGACCGCUGAAAUACUGCCCAGGUCGAGGGAGGCUUGGGAAACAGUUUGUCGGAGAAGCCAAAGCCACUUCUGCCUCCUCCACCAGCCUUCUCUUGCUGCUGACCCUAUCCCUCCCACCCACCCACCCACCCAUUACAUACCCGAGACAAUUUACUUCCCUAUCUUCCUCUAAGCUUCCUGUUUCUUCUCUCUCUCUCUCUCUCUCUCUCUCUCUCUCUCUCUCUCUCUCUCUCUCUCUCUCUCUCUCUCUCUCUCUCUCUCUCUCUCUCUCUCUCUCUCUCUAUCAACCAAAAGACAUUACUAUUAUUAUCCUGCUGCUCAGGUCUGUGAUGUAGCUUUCAUAUUAUUGCAUCACCACCAACUUAGAAGAGCUGAAAAAUUACACUCACAUUUCCUUGCCUUUCCCUUUGCUUAGGCUGUCCUGUUUUCAGCCUAUGACAGCCUAUAACACAGACCACAAACACGUUCAUGCUAGCUUGUGAGGAGGUAUGUAAUCCUCCAGUUAUCCAGAUACUAUCCAGCCACUACUGAGGCAAGGUUGUAAAGUCUGGGAGUAAUUAUUAAUUCUUGUAAAUAGGUACUAUUGGUAUCCAUAUUUUUACUGUAAACAUCCAAUCCAGCUGGUUGUCAUAAUCUCUAAAAUGAUCUCUUAUGGCAUUACAGAUGCAUUGGCGGAUACAUGAAGCAAUGUAGUAAAAUAUUUUUAACCUGUGCUGGUGUCUUGGGAGUCAUUGAAUGGCUUUAUUUUUUUCUCUCUUUCUUUCUUUUUCCUGACAUAUAUUAUCAGUAUUUUUCUGUGUAAAAGGAUCUUGUCCCUGGUAUGAUAAAGCCUACGAGAAUACUAUUGUAAGUAAGAUUACUCUCGGUUAUCAGUAUAAUUAUGGAACAUUCCUUAUUUUUUUGCUAUUGAUUUGAGUCUUCCCUAUCUUAGUUAUUUUCUUCUCAUUUCUCCAUUUUGAUAAUCUAUUUAUGUUUUCUCACUGAGCAACUAUAGCCGUUUAAUUCUUGGAAGAACGUUUAAGUGUUGGCUGAGUAGUUAGCUACGCUGCCACUCAGUUUCUCUUUAAUAUGUUACUGUUUAUUUUUAACUUUUUAGAAUUGAAAUUAAAAUAUUAGGUGUGGAUGAUUAGGCUGCCAAACCAUGAAGUGCUAUGAAUGGCUCAGGUUUUAAGAUGAUGGUCUAUGUUUUACACAAAUAUCACAACAUAGCUCUGCAUCAUUGUCAUGUAGGUAGAGAGGAGUUGUAGUGCUUAUUGGUAGGGUCAGGUCACUCAGGUUAGAGAGACGGAUGGUGCCUCUCAAGGAUCAUAUACUCGUUGGCAGUCACCCAUGUGUUCUUCACAGCAGAGAGAAAACUUAUUUACAACAUGAAUAAAUGUGUAUUUCUUAGAGGAGAAAGCUAAUAUAGGUCCUAUUAUUGCACCCUCCAGCCCAAGGGAAACCUCUAUAUCAGAAGUUCCCAAACCAGGGGUGGGGACCCCAAGUAGGGUCAAAAUGCUAAUAUAUCAGGUCAUAAAGAAGUCAUGGAGUUAAUGGGAUCAGAGGUACCUUAAGGCCUGGGGAUAUGAAAUAUCCAAGCAAGGAUUACAAGACCAUGUCAAAUUCAGUGCUGUAUAGUACUUUCUUUGAGAAAAAAUAAGUCAAAUAAAUAAUAAUAAUUUUAUUGCUUCAAGCACCCUUACACGAGCCACGACUGACUGUUGAAUGUCCCUCUCCCGCACUCCAUUACUACCCGCCCCACUCUUACAUCAUCAGUCGUUAAGUCCAUGUAAUCCAAAUUUAAUUUUGUUUUAUAUUUUAAUUUCUCCUCUACAUAAACACCAUCAUAUAGCCAAAAAUUCACAACAGUGCUUUAAAUGUAGAGGUAAACAUAAACACAUUAUAUAUAUGUGUAUAUAUGCUUAGGGUCGCACGGAACAGUUGAAAGUGCUGAAUGGGAUUGUGCUAAGAAAAGCUUGGGAACCUCUGCUCUAUAUAAAAGAAAAUAAAUACACCUUGACUUUUAUUUCUAAGGUGGUGAGGAAAAAAAGUUGAAACAUUAACAAAUGAAAUGUAGUAAAUCCUGAAUUACACAAAAUCAAACAAUACUGAGAGAGAGAGAGAGAGAGAGAGAGAGAGAGAGAGAUAUGGGAAAAGUUGCUUGUCCUUUCCACCAAGGUGUUGAGAUGAUAAUUGGUCCUGUGGAGAUGUGGCAACACAGCUCAUAUGGAAUUCCCAUACUUGUCCAAUGCCUAAGUGUUCUUCCGAAAAUGAAAUGACUAUAGUAACCAUAAGGCAUCAGCUCCUGCAGAUAUUGUAUUUAAAAUUAGCCCUAAAUACUUGUAGUUAGGUCAAACUUCACGUCACCAAAUUUAUCCAGGAGGGAUACUUGCUGCUCACCACUCCUUUAUGACUGUCCCUAUAUGUAUUGUUUGUAUGUAUGUAUGUAUGGGACUAUCUUGCAUCUGUUUAUUUAGGUUUAACACAUAUAUUAAUUAAAUAUCAAUUCAGGUUUAGAUUUUAUGUUCUGCUCAAGACAUGAAGCAUUGGGUACAGACUGUUUAGCAUGUCUCACAAUACUGCAGUUCCAUCAUGUGGGCCCAUGUUUCAGUUAUGGCUCCCAUGCAGGCAACAGGACAGCCUUAAAUUGGUCUGAAAUUCAAACAGUUUUCUCUUUGUAUCUGAGGUGUUUUAGUGAUGUGUCUUGAAGACCUAAUUCCUUGGACAGUUUACUGCUUAUCAAAUCUUUCAUGAAUUGUCGGUUAAAAUACUGAACAUGGGUUACUAUCACCCCGUUCUUGAUGUGAUAUAUUGACAACCAUGUUCUGUGCUCAAAGAGGCUUUAUUUUACAUAUAAUUAGUGACUCCAUUUUUCUUGUAGAACUGUUCUUGGUGAGGCAGUCUGUUAGACUCCUCUAUGAUGUAAAAUGAGGUUGGUUAUCACCAAAUGUAGUCUGGUGUGUUGUUGUUAUUGUAGAUUAUUGACGGCAGUGAGGAGGGGCAUUGUACGUAACCCCACCUAGCCGGUAAAAUUUUGGAAUGAUGGAAUAGAUGAACCCAAAGGUAUUGUGCUGGCACUGCUCAUCAAAGCCCAACCAUAACCAGCCCAGUGGUCACCCACACUCCCAUCCCCAGCCAGAGCCCUUCUGGAGGAGGGGGGGAGGUAGGUCAGAGGUGGCCUUACAUCCAACGCUGCCACACCCCACCCUGGCCUACCAGCCUAUAUGAACUCAGGCCACCACAACACACAGUAAACCCCACCAAGAGCAGUGUUACCAGCUUGGACUGGAUCAGACAUUUCAGAUUUGUAAUUUAUUGAUUUAUUUUUUAAAGGAAGUUUAAUUUUCUAACAAGUGUCAGUUAAAGCCAUUUCUUGGAUCAUAGAGUCUUACUUCGGACCUCGUGAGGUGUAACCAAGACGUAAUGGCAUCAUGCAAAGUGCCUCCGAGUCAUUACGGCCUCACGUUUCUACCUGUUUGUUAUAUUUAUUAUAUUUGGUUGUGUAUUUAUUUAUUUAUUUGUUUACUUUUAUCAUUGAAUUAUGUCUGAACAGUUAAAAAUACAAAAAUUUACCUUCUCAGAAUUCAUCGAACUUAAAUUUUAAGUUUAUACUGGUAAAGCCAUGGAAUGCCAUUAGAAAAAAUUACAUCUUAGUUUUAUUGAAGCAUGAACAUAAUUUAAAUGUAUGAAAAUAUUUAAUUUGUUUCAGAAUUAUCUUUUCUUUGUCAUAGGGUUAAAUAAGGCUUGUGGAAUGUGAAGAAAGUGGUGUGGCCUGGGAGCCUGUGUGCGCGUGUGCGUGUGUGUGUGGUGUGCCGCCCAACCCAGGUACCCACUCCAAAAGGUAGUAUACGCAGGGGUGUAGCUUUGUACCUAGAGUAGCAUGGAGCAGUUUUGUACAAGAAGUCAAAUAAGUUUUUAAUAAAACCUGAAUUUAGUUUUAUUCUCCAGUGUUUUGUUAAUUAUUAAUUAGUGUGUGAUUCAUAUUUACUAAUUUUUAUCAGAUCUUUUGAUGUCACAAAAACUUUCAUUUACUGGAGAACUUUUUAAAGUUGAAAAUACUGAUAAAACUAAAUCUUUACAUCCCAAAAUUGCAGUUUUCACAGUAGAAUAUUGUGUUUGUGUACUCAGUGUUGAAAUACUGGUUAUAUCUCUUACAAGAUGAAAAGAUCUUAUACUUUGCAAUAACAAUCCCUUUUUUCUUUGUCUUGGAAAAAUUCAACUGACAAUCUCAGUAAAAAAAAAAAAAAAAAAAAAAUUAGUUUAUUUCUCAUACAGAUAAUCUGCUUGCCUUAAAAUCUCUCUUCACUUUUAUAUGUUAUCUAUUCCUUGAAUAUGUACAAUAGCAUCCAGCAAUAAUUCCAGAGUGAAAAGUUAUCAGUUCCUUGGGGAGGGAUUUUACCUUUCUGAUCUUUUAACUCUUUAGUUGCCUUUCAUGACAUGCAAAGAAUACCAGCAGGAAAUGUAUUCUCAUGUCUCAUAGGUAUCUACAGCUAGGCUGAGUAGGUGAGACAUUUUAAAAUAACUAUAUUUUUGUAUCCUUUGUAUUGUACAAUGCCUUUCAACACACUAUAAACAAGCUUCUUGGUAUUUACAUAUUCACACACCUUAAUAAUUUCAUUCACCUUACUCCAAUUACUGUAACAAAACUAGUGAAAUUUUUUUUUUUGUUACUUUUUAAUUCCUUUGUAGUACAUCUUGAAAGCUGGCCUCUAUUCUAUAUCCAUUACUUCUUGUAGCUAUAUAACUUUCUUUUUCCCCACAUUUAUCUGUGUUCACAAUUGUAAGAUCUUACUGAAGCAAAUUCACGUUUGUGGUUACACACAAUGGACUUGUCUUUGAUAUGUAGUGCACUUGUGUACAAGCUGCUACACAGACUUGAAUAUUGGUAUUCAGUCUUGCUCAAUUGUUUCUGUAUUUAGUGUUCUUUGUUUAUAUAUUUAUAAAUUGUAUACAUUUGCUCAUUACUAUAUAACUUAUCUA